CUGGCCCCGGCACGGCAACGAAGCUGCGCUCCCGGCUGCCGACAGGGCCACCUGCAAGUGGGUGCCGGGGUCUGGAGCUGCGGGGCAGCGCUGUUCUCAGAUUGCUGCUCACAGGAAGCAUCCUGACAGUGGUGUAGACGCUCAGCCCUUCCCGUGAGCCUGAUGCCAAGCACUCCAUGCCCAGCACUGAGGCUCAGCUUUGGGCUGAGCAUCUCAGCAGGAUGCCCUUUGUGAGCAUCCUCUCCCUGCUUGGGCAAGCUGAGCUGGGUCCUCAGAUGUUCCCGUGGCUUCUACCUCUGAUCCAGCAGCGUCCAGCUAGCUCUGGCAUAGGAAUGGUGAUAAGUGUGGUUUUUCCCUUUCUUUGGGGCGUCAUUUCCCAUUCACCCUUGGCCUGGAGCUGGCUAUCUUGUCCUGAUUGUCUUUGGUCAGGGCUGCCUGGACCCAUAGAGCCAAAUCCAGACCUUUUAGAAUGAAACACUGCGGUGUGCAUGCCUGGGCUGCCAGCCUGUGCUGCAGCAGCUCUGCCAUGGAGAUGUGAAAGCUCUUGAAGUGCUGGAGGAGACACUCCAUUGUCCACAAACCCUGGCAGCUGGGAAGAGCCUGCAUGUGCCAGAGAUACCAGAGUUCCUGUGCCAUGUGCCAGAGAUACCACCAGAUUAGAGGUGACUCACCAUAAUCUUGAAGAAGGGGAUUAAAUCUCCCUGCUGCACUACUUAAUGAAAUCUAUGCCAUAAUAUGCUCCCAGCCCUGCUGUUCCCCAUCCCAUCCCCCUUCACUUCAACCCAUUGGUGGUAGGGUCUUCUCUUCCCCACCCUGGGGAACUGCUUCCUGCGUUGCCUGGGGUUGGUGCCUGGGGAUGCAGGGCACAGUGGGUACAGGGGGGUCCUGCCAGGACCUUUCUCUUCCAGCAUCCAGCAGACCCGGGGAGAGCCUGUGCACUGCUUUACCCCUGGGGGUGAGCAAGCGGUGGGGCAGGAUCCGGCUCAGGGCCGGGAGCAGGAAGGAAGGAAGGAAGGAAUGCAGAGUUAAAAUAAGCCUGGCAGUGGGGGGAGGCCCCAGCUGGAGCAAACUCCUGACCUCCUGGGCCAGGGGAGAGGGUCCAAUGAGUCCAGAGGGCUUUGUAUGGCGUGGAGCUCCUGGGACCCCUGCCUAUGCGUCAGGGCUGGGGUGGGAGCCUGGGGGACGGGGAGUGCGUGGUGCCUUGCCCUGAUGGCUCUGCUCCUUCUGCCAUCCCGGCAGGAUGGCUCCCGGCAGCGGCCCAUGCAGAAGAAGACAGUGUCCUUCAGCACGAUGCCCAACGACCGGAAGAUAAACAGUGCAGCUGCCUGCAUCUCCUUCAUGCUGGAGGGCUGUGAGCUGAAGAAGGUGCGCUCCAACUCCCGUAUGUACAGCCGCUUCUUCGUGCUGGACGCCGACAUGCGCUCCGUGCGCUGGGAACCUUCCAAGAAGGACUCAGAGAAGGCCAAGAUUGAGAUCAAAUCGGUGAAGGAGGUGCGCGUGGGCAAGAAAACGCCCAUCCUGCGCAGCAAUGGCCUCUCUGACCAGUUCCCCGAUGAGUGCGCCUUCUCCAUCAUCUAUGGAGACAACUACGAGUCCCUGGACCUAGUGGCCAGCUCAGCCGACGUGGUGAGCGCCUGGGUGAUGGGGCUGCGGUACCUGCUGUCCUAUGGGAAGCACACGCCCGAGGCCCUGGGGUCCGGCCACCCCAGCCUGCGCACCUCCUGGAUCUCCUCCGUCUUCGACCUCGCUGACCUGGAGAAGUCCGGCCGCAUCCCCGUGUCCCGCGCCGUGCAGCUCAUCAAGGCGCUUAACCCCGGCAUGAAGGUGUCCACCAUUGAGCUGAAGUUCAAGGAGCUGCAGAAGGCCAGUGAGCGUCCUGGCACCGAGGUGGCCUGCGACCUGUUUGUGGAGGCAUACUGCGAGCUCUGCACCCGGCCCGAGAUCUUCUUCCUGCUGGUGCAGUUCUCCAGCAACAAGGAGUACCUGGGCCUGAAGGACCUGCUGACGUUCCUGGAGGUGGAGCAGGGCAUGGAGGGCGUCACGGAGGAGAAGUGCUUGGAGAUCGUCAGCAAGUACGAGCCCUCCAAAGAGGGCCGGGAGAAGGGCUACCUGGCCAUCGACGGCUUCACCCGCUACCUGCUCUCCUCCGAAUGCUCCAUCUUCGACCCACAGCACCGCCGUGUGUGCCAGGACAUGGCGCAGCCUCUCUCCCACUACUACAUCAGCUCUGCCCACAGCGCCUGCCUGCUGGAGGACAACUUCUGGGGCCGCUCGGACAUCAGCGGAUACGUCAGCGCGCUGGGGCUGGGCUGUCGCAGCAUUGAGCUGGUGCUGUGGGACGGCCCCGAUGGGGAGCCCGUGGUCUACACCAGCCCCUCGGCCGCCUCCUGCGUGCCCUUCCGCUCCGUGGUGGGGCUGAUCGACCAGCACGCCUUCACCGCCUCCGCCUACCCGCUGAUCCUCUGCCUGGUGGUGCGCUGCUCUGCCGCCCAGCAGCGCCUGGCCGCCCAGUGCCUGCGCAAGACGCUGGGCGAGAAGCUCUACCUGGAGCCGCCCAACCCCGCCGCCUCCUACCUGCCCUCCCCGGAGCGGCUCAAGGGCCGCAUCCUGAUCAAGGGCAAGAAGCUGCCGCCCGGCUGCGAGGACAGCGAGGGGGAGGUGUCGGACGACGAGGAAGGCCGGGAGUUGGCGCGGAGGCUGGGCCAGGAGGACCGCGAGGCAGCGGAAGGGGGGGCCCCGCAGCGCGUGCGGCUCAGCCGUGAGCUCUCGGAGCUGGUGAGCCUCUGCCAGGCCGUCCCCUUCCAGGACUUCGAGAGCUCGCGGCGCGGGCAGCGCUACUGGGAGAUGUGCUCCUUCAGCGAGGUGGAGGCGGGCCGCUUCGCCAACGAGUGCCCGGCCGAGCUGGUGAGCUACAACAAGCGCUUCCUCUCCCAUGUCUACCCCAGCCCCAUGCGCAUCGAUGCCAGCAACAUGAACCCACAGGACUUCUGGAAAUGCGGCUGCCAGAUGGUGGCCAUGAACUACCAGACGCCGGGGCUGAUGAUGGACCUCAACACGGGCUGGUUCCGGCAGAACGGCGCUUGCGGUUAUGUCCUCCGCCCCGCCAUCAUGCGGGAGGAGGUCUCCUACUUCAGUGCCAACGCCAAGGACUCCCUGCCUGGGGUGCCCGCACAGCUCCUGCACCUCAAAGUCAUCAGCGGGCAGAACCUGCCCAAGCCAAAGGGCUCGGGGGCCAAGGGGGAGGUGGUGGAGCCCUACGUCUGCGCUGAGAUCCACGGCAUCCCAGCUGACUGCGCGGAGCACCGCACCAAGACGGCCCUGCAGAGCGGGGACAACCCCGUCUUCGAUGAAAGCCUGGAGUUCCAGAUCAACCUGCCUGAGCUGGCUGUGCUGCGCUUCGUCGUGCUGGAUGACGACUACAUCGGGGACGAGUUCAUUGCGCAGUACACCAUCCCCUUCGAAUGCCUGCAGCCUGGCUACCGCCACGUCCCGCUCCAGUCGCUGUCUGGGGAGCCCCUGCCCCACGCCACCCUCUUUGUGCACGUGGCCAUCACUGACCGCCGCGGGGGGGGCAAGGGGCACCGCCGGGGGCUGGCAGGGCGCCGGGGCCGCCGGGUGCGCGAGUAUACGUCCACCAAAGCCACCGGUAUCAAGGCCAUCGAUGAGGUCUUCCGGACGGCCACUCAGCCCCUGCGGGAGGCCACCGACCUGCGGGAGAACGUGCAGAACGCGCUGGUCUCCUUCAAGGAGCUGUGUGGCCUGACGCCCGCCGCCAACAUGAAGCAGUGCAUCCUGACGGUGGCUGCGUGGCUGCUGCACAGUGACAGUGUGCCCAGCGUCACCCUCAACCUGGCUGAGCAGUACCCCCCCAUGGAGGCACAGGGCCCCAUACCCGACCUGCUGCGCAAGGUCCUCACUGCCUACGAGACGAUGAUCCAGACCAGCCGGACGCUGAUCGAGUCUGCUGACGCAGUGCACAGCAAGCUCAUCCAGGCGCAGCAGGCAGGUAUGGACUUCCACAAGGAGCUGCACCGCAUCGAGGCCAAGGAGGGACUGCGGGGACGGAAGUUGCAGAAAGCACUGGAGAGCUUUGCCUGGAACAUCACCGUCCUGAAGGGCCAGGCUGACCUUCUCAAGCAUGCCAAGGCGGAGGCGCUGGACAACCUCUGGCAGAUUCACAACGCCGGGCAGUCCUGUGGCAUCGGCAGGAACGGUUUGGCCUCGCCGGAGCCGUCCCGGCUGCGCGCACCACUGGAGCCCAUUCCUGAGGCAGAAGGAGGCAGCGAUGCCGCGUCCUGCUGACCCCGGCCUGGGGCUCAGGCAGCCCCCAUGGAGCAGCCUCUGCUGCAGGAACAGGAACUACAGAGCCUGUGUCACGGUUGGGGAUGGGAAUAGGCAGGGUGCUGAGGGGCUGCAGUGGUGCCAGCAGUCAUCCAUCUGCCUGCAGACACUGCAGGGCACUGGGGGGCCCCACUCCUGUCUGCUCCCUCCAGCUUCCCAGGCCUCUUCCAUCUGCUUCCAGAGCGGGUGCUGUGCUGUGGGACCAGGGGGUUGGACUGCUGGUACCUGGCUGUGUGCAUGCACCCCCAGCCUGCUGUGCCACCAGCCCUGUAAGAACUGCCCCUGUGUGGGCUCUGGCUGUCAGGGCUGCAGAUUCUGCCUUUGCCAGCCCUGGAGACUGCCUGCAUGGCUGGAAGGGGUCUGUCCAACCACUGUCCCUUCUCCCAGGAUUUUCCCAGGUGUCCUCGGGCCCCUGCUGUGCAGAGGGGCUGGGAAGGCACCUGUAGGGAAGCUGGCAAUGGGUCCGGGGCAGUGGGACCGCUGCAGAGCGGGGCUGCCGGGAGCUGUGUCCUCUGGCGUCAGGGAGCUCAUCCUGGGCUCGUCCCCUGAGCGAGCUCACUGCGGUGUGGGCUGUGGGUCAGGGGUGGUCUGGGGCUGCGGAGCACUCUGUUUAUAAAGUGUGUGAGACCCA